CGAAGCAAGCUGACGGUCGAACGCUAUCAAUGUGAUUUUUGUGAAAUUCUUACCGAUCUACCGGUCAGAUCGUGAGGUCAAGGCAGGUGUGCGCGAAAAUUCUUUCAGUGCUUGGCUUAUAGUGUUAGUGAUUGUGUUUAGAUGUAUGCAAAACUCGCUAAUCGCGGUGUCACCACGAGGAUUUUUCACUGCCCUGGAUACAAAGGAGUUUCGUAAGGUGCUUCGAGCGUCCUUUCGGCAACGGAAGCACUCGGCCAAAAAUGUCGCUGGCAGAGCCGUAAUUCAGCGAUCUUGGUAGGAAGGAAGUCGAGGGACGCGAAGAAGAGGCGGGCAAGGAAGAAAUGGCGUCCACCAGCGGGCACAAGAGGAACGGCUCGAGCUCGAGCAUGUUCGCUCACAAACGCACCGAGUCCGGCGGCGGUUUCAUCGGCCACAAACGCUCGGAGAGCGGUCACAAACGCGCCGAGAGCAUAUCAAGUGCCUUUGGCCACAAACGAUCCGAGAGUGGCCACAAGAGGAAUGAGAGCAGCGGCGGUGGUUUCGGCCACAAAAGGUCCGAGUCUGGCAGCAAUUACCAUGCCGGUCAUCGAAGGAACGAGAGCAUGUAUGCCAUGACGGGACUGUACGCGGAGAGUACGGCGACGGGAACUGACGAAAUCACAGACCCACUGCAGGCAACCGGUAGCAGACUGACUCACGACACCGUCAUCAGAUGUCACAGUAGAAAUCCCAGUUCUGGCCUCGUGGACCAUAGAGAUAUGUUUGUUGUUGGCAUGGACGGUGAACGCAGGACGGAAAAGGAAAGAGCGCAAACUCCACCGUUUAAUCCGGAUUCGAAGGACUGCGGAAUUCUGAGCUGUAGGCCGGCUUUUAUACAGAGAUUCGCCGGAAUAAAGGUGUUCGUAUUCCUCUUAUCAUUUCUCGUCACGCUGCAACAAGCACUUAGUUCGGGUUACAUAAAUUCUGUGAUCACAACCAUAGAGAAGAGGUUCGAAAUCCCGUCCAGCCUUUCAGGCGUCAUUGCUAGCUCCUACGAAAUUGGAAAUGUCAUCACUGUCAUUUUCGUCAGCUAUCUCGGCAGUCGGAGACAUAUACCUGUUUGGAUAGCGAUUGGCGCUGUCAUAAUGGGACUGGGAUCGAUGAUCUUUAUGGUGCCACAUUUCACAGCCGAGCCCAACUUGAUGACGGCUGCGAACAACUCUAGCUCCGACAAUAUUUGUCGUGGCGUUUCGUUGCGCGAACAAGAUAUGGGACUGGGUCGUUUGUCGUCUGGUUUGUCGUCACCGCCUCUGGCACCACACAAUAAUUUAAGAGGUGAUAAUUGCAUUCAGGGAUCUCCAUCUACCGCUGGUCCUGUUAUGUUAUUUGUACUUGCUCAGUUAUUAUUAGGCUGUGGUGGUUCACCUUUGUUCACCCUUGGUACUACUUACAUAGAUGAUCACGUGCGACCAGAAAGUGCUUCACUGUAUAUUGGUUGUAUGUAUAGCAUGGCAGCUUUUGGGCCAGUGUUAGGUUUCCUCCUUGGAGCUUACUUGUUAUCAUUUCACAUGGAUUCCUUUUCUGGAACAAUUAUCAGUAUAGAUCCUGGUGAUCACAGAUGGGUUGGCAUGUGGUGGGGUGGAUUUCUGCUUUGCGGUUUACUCCUCAUUCUAGUGGCAAUUCCAUUCUUCAGUUUCCCAAAAAUACUGCAACGCGAGAAGGAAAAGAUACGAAUCAUUGAGAAAAAUAAGUCAGCGUCGCAAAAAGAGAAAGAGCAAUGCAAAGAGCCGAAAAAGGAGAAGCUCGAUGAUAGUGGUUAUGGCAAAGAUGUAAAAGAUAUCCCCAGAAGUAUGUGGAGGUUGGUGUGCAAUCCAGUAUACGUGGUAACAUGUUUAGGUGCUUGCAUGGAACUAGUGAUCGUAUCCGGAUUCGUGGUUUUCUUGCCAAAAUAUCUGGAGACCCAGUUCAGCCUAGGAAAGAGUCAGGCCAGUGUGUUCACUGGUUCUAUAGCGAUACCAGGUGCCUGUAUCGGAAUUUUCUUUGGCGGAUGUUUGCUGAAACGUUUAGAAUUAAGACCGAAGGGCGCGGUUCAGUUCGUUCUCGUCUCGAACAUCAUAUGCCUGGUGUGCUAUGGCCUCCUCUUUUUCCUCGGUUGCGACAACGUGAAAAUGGCUGGGACCACUAUUCCGUACUUUAACAGCAGCACAAAAGGCCCGGAGCCUUUUCAAGUAAAUCUCACUGCCGCAUGCAACUUUGGUUGCGAAUGUCGAAUGACAGACGUCGAGCCAGUCUGUGGAAACAACGGUCUCACGUACUUUAGCCCUUGUCAUGCAGGUUGCACUGCCUUCAGUUCCAAAUCGAAUUUCACUAAUUGUGCAUGUAUACAUGGAAAUUUAACAAUGUUGCCUCCGGCAGCUCCAGAAUUCGCAGAAGUGACGGUGGUACCAGUAGCUACUGCUGGUCCAUGUACUUCGCCAUGUAGGACUAUAUUUCCUUUCUUAAUUUUACUGUUCUUUAUGACGUUUAUUGUUGCUAUCACUCAGAUGCCUCUACUAAUGAUAGUAUUACGGUCAGUCUCAGAAGAAGAAAGAUCGUUUGCUUUAGGCAUGCAAUUUGUAAUCUUUAGAUUGUUUGGUUAUAUACCUGCGCCUAUUUUAUUUGGUAACUUAAUCGACUCUACAUGCUUACUUUGGAAAAGCACAUGUGGAGAAAAAGGCGGGCGAUGUUUGCUUUAUGACAUCGAACAAUUUCGAUACAGAUAUGUUGGACUAUGCGCUGGCAUUAAGAUUUUAGCUUUGGCAUUGUUCCUCAUUGAUUGGUGGUUAGUUAGGAGGAGAAGACAGAUGGAAGACCAAGCACCGUCUUUCACUGUUAACGAAUUCGUGGGGUCAAUUAUCAGCCUUGAUAAACUGUUCGAAGAAAAACCGCAUCAUCACAACAUAGGAGAAGGUAACGGUACUUCUCCAAAUUCCGAAUUGCCCACGCCGUCUUCAAUUUCGUCGCCUACAGAGCCUACGAAGUCGACGAACCUGGAAGAUACUGGCUCAUCGAAUCAGACACAGGAUUCGACGGAAACAGGGAAUCGUUCGAAGAACGCGAUGGACGUUGAAGUUCCCGAUACAAGGCAAGCACCUCUUGCCAUGGAAGAGCCGGACACGGAAGUUAAACCAUUGACCGGUAAAUCGGACAAGCAUGUACGGAACGUUUAAUGUUUAUCUCGUGUUAGAGGCUAUGCAAUUGAGUUAUAUCAAAGUGGUGAUAAUGUGAGUCUGUGGCAAAUUGUUUUGAGGUCGCAGGUAAACUAACACAAUACAUAUAUACAUAUAUAUAGAAAGAGGUACAACGUACGUGCAUUAUUGAUUUGUGCAAUCCUAACAAAAAAAAAAAGAAGAAAAGCAGUUAAUAGGGGGUGGGAGGGGAGUAGGGGUGUUGUCAAUGACUUUGAAUAAAAGAGGGAAGGGGCAAUCCGUAUACAUGCAUAUAUGGUGCUAAUAAACUUUUUUAAAGAGAUUAAAAGACAAAGAAUUAUCUUAUAUCGUUCCGUAUAUCGUCAGAUACAAAUUUAGAUUGUGUUGAAGAUAUAAGUGAAUCUUAUACACACACUAUAUAUUCUUGCAUACAGGUGAGUCGAAAAUAUUUUUACAAUGGUUAUAUUUGCGUGAAGAAUAUCGUUUAUCGUACGAAAUGAUUUGCCACAGGUUUGUCUCGACGGUUUGGCUAUUUUUAGGAACUAAUAUCACUAGGAUGUACAUUUUUACGGCGAUGCGAUAUAUAUGUCAAUAAAUAGGAAUGUAAUAGGUUGAAAAAAAAAGUAAAAAGAAAAAUGUUCAGGCCCGUUUCAGACAGACACCUUUGUAACUUGAUCUGAAGGAUUCCCUCUCUGUCUGAAACGAGUUUUUUACCGAUGAAAAACGAGCCUUGCGCAGUUUAACAAGAAUGGAAGGGGUAAAAAUAGGAAAAGAAAGGAAGGCCAACAAGGACAAAACUGUAAAUAUAAAAAUUCCUGCCUUAAGAAAUACAAGACUAGA